GCCCCGCGUAUUUCCCCCGAAGAUCCUGUUCCCGACCUUGACCUUGACAUGUAUGAACCUUCCCCGGUCGAAGAACAGUUUCCCGAAAUUGUCGGUCCUGACGCUGGUAGUGCUCCAUCCGCAGCGGCUGGCGAGCCCUUCGAUAACCCCGCACAGGAGCCACUUCCCAGCGACUCUGCGUUAUGCUGCGAAAUUGCUCUUGAUAUUUUCGAUGUUGAUCUCGACUCUCAAGGAAGUGGCCUCUGGAAAGCCCUGGAGGAGUGCGCUGUUGUGGCUGCCCGCCCGGGGCAAAAGAGACGUGUCGAGGUUAGCUUCCGGAAGCUCGGCCCCGAGGACCGUGAAAAGUUCAAGGGAGCUAUGAAGAAGGAAUGGCAAAGCUGGUUAGAAAACAAGGUCACCACGAUCGCUAAGGGUAAGGGGGUGCCGAAGUCUAGGAUAAUUGGUUCGAGGUGGGUUCUAACCUGGAAGAAAUCCUCGGAUCCGGACGACCGCACCCUUUCAGCCAAGGCACGUCUGGUCCUAGUCGGGUUUCAAGACCCCGAUCUGGGACGCAUCGCCACCGAUUCCCCAACCCUCCGGAAAGAGAGUAAGCAUGUCAUCUUGAGCAUUUGUGCUAGUAAGGGUUGGGUGAUCUGGGGUGCUGACAUCAAGACUGCUUUUCUGUCGGGUGAUAAUUCUGAUAGACAGCUGUAUUUUCGACCGCCCCCUGAAGUUCGAGAGCUGAUGAAUCUUAGCGAUGAUGAUGUUCUCCGGCUGAACAAAGCAGCUUAUGGGUUGGCCGAGGCACCCCGUGCCUGGUUCCUCCGACUCACUCGUGAGCUUGUUGCUGUCGGACUAGCCGUGAGCCAGCUUGAUCCUUGCGUCUUCUGUCUCAGGAACAGAGACACCAAUGAAUUGCUAGGCAUCUGUGGUGUGCAUGUAGACGACCUGCUAGGCGGAGGUACGUCUGUGAUGGAUCAAUGCCUCACCCGGCUGAAGAUCAAGCUGCCUUUUGGUGAGUUUCGCCAGCGAACUAUCAAGUAUACAGGAGCCGAAAUCAGACAGCACCCCGAUUUCAGCAUUGAGGUUACUCAGGAGGCCUAUGUAGAUAAGCUUGAAGAAGUUUGCACUAAACCUUUUGGAAAGGCUUCUGAUUUCCUCAACGAACCUACCUUGAUGCGUGCAUGCUGCGGUCAGCUGGCUUGGGUCGCUAACCACAGUCGCCCGGAUCAGACUUUUCUUGCUUCAUAUCUUCAGGGUAUCCAGGAUAAAGCCCUAGUGUCCCACCUCGAUCUGUACAACAAGGCCGUGAGGGAGAUGAAAGCGAGGAAGGUCAGUCUCCGUUUUCCGUCCGUCCCCGUUGAUCGGUGGCGCCUGCUUGCCAUCACCGAUGCAGGAUGGGGUGUUCGAGCCAACGGGGAAUCUCAGGGUGGUUUACUUCUGUGUUUGUGUGAUAAGGAUGUUCUUGAGCAGAAACCCGGCAAAACCUGGGUCAUAGAAUGGAGUUCUAAGAAGCUUCGCCGUGUGGUUCGCAGCUCCACAGCUGCAGAGACUCUUGCAGCCCAGAACGGCCUGGACUCGAUUGAGUUUGCGCAAGCUUUUCUCCAGGAAGUGCUUGUCGGGAUGAGCCCGCGCCAGUUCCAGCAGUGGGUUCCGGAGACACAAUCGGGUUUAGUGAUCGAUAGCAAGUCCUUGUACGAUGCCCUCACUAGGUCAGCCUGCAGCAGUGCUCUUGCCAUGGAAAAACGGUUGGCCAUUGACUAUGCAAUUGCUAGGGCUUGUCUCGCUGAGCGCAACGUCCUUCCCUUCUGGACGAAUAAUCUUCAGAUGAUCUCCGACUGCCUGACGAAGCUCCGGGGAAAUAAAGAGAUCCUCUACAAGGUCCUUGACACCUGUAUGUUCCAUGUGAGACCCAGCAAGGAGUCCGGACGAAAGGAAGCCGCUCGCAAGAAGGCUUCUCUCAGAGACAUGGCAGCCCGGAGCUUGAAGCAACAGCGCUCCCAGCGCGAGCCCGUCGCCGAGGACGAGCUCAAGGCCUUUGUGUCUCGAGUGAUCGACAACAGUCAGCUCGAUGUGCUUCUGGCUGAGAUCGAAGAGCAAAGACCAGACAAGAUGAGCCGGAGGAGCAACCCUCCUUCGGAGUGUGGAACCCCGGAGUUCCUGAUGGUGUCCAGCCUACCGAGCCCGGAAGCAGACCGGAGCCCGGCUGAUCGGCCACGGGGACCUCCUCCACCUCAGCCGGUCCACUAUGUGCCCCACGAGAAGCGCAAUGGACCUCCGCCACCUCGUCCGGUGUACUAUGUCAGCGAGGAGCCACCGCGUGGAUCCGCCGGCUACGGACACCGCAGCCAGCCAGCCCCGAACUCGCCGGCUACCUCAAACCUCUUCUCGCCCUCAGACACCGAGUCGAGCAGCACCUCCCAGGCGGAACGGCGGCAGCAGAACCAGCCGGACCAAUAUGUGCUACCCCUCCGUACCAACAAGCCUCUUCCUCAUGGAGUACAAGAUGUGGCUACGUGGGGACGUUCCCUACUGGUGUUGCCGAAGUAUGCUGAGAAGAAAUGGUCCUACCGCCAGUUGCUCGAGCAUGCCUGGAACGACCGCGAGAUCCUCUCCUACCUACGCUGGAUCCGCAGCUCCUACUACCAGGAGGCGAGCAAUCCGGUGGCCGGCAAGGCCUCGGACCUGGCAGCGUUCCUGAUCGCCGUCGAUUACCCGGCCCUGGAGCGCCUCGGCAAGGUCGGUCCCCGCCGCGUUCUGACAGCUGAUUGA